AUGACUUUCGGCGCAACUCAGAUCUUGUCAAUCUUAAGGAUACGCAAUAACAAGCCAACGAAACGUCCAACCGAAACCCCUACCAUCACCACACCCUCCGAAAAACCCGAAGUCCCAGAAACCCAACAGAACUUCGUACGUGUCUACCCUUCCUCAGCACCACCCCGGUAUACUAACCGUCCCGCCGGCUCCUCCAGGUUCCGGGAAAGGCUGAGCUUGGAUAUGACGGCUCCGAAGAACUCUGCUGAGCAAGCUGAGCAACCGCGACACUUGAUGGAGAGCAUGGCUAUGGUGCCUGAGACCACUGUGGAGGAGCAUAGGCGAGAAGAUCGCCAGGCUUGUGUGCCCCAGGUUAAAGAAGUCGUCUCCAGUGUGUCCAAUCUCAUCAGGAGUGCUGUGGAGGUUGUUAGGCAGCGUUCAGGGACGCCUUCGCCUUCGCCUUCAUCGGUUGGUGACUCCUCUAUUAGCGACGAAGAGCCUUUUUCUGUACUUGCCAAAUUCAAACUGGCUGGGGCGGAAAAGCUAAAUAUGCCGCGGCCGCCUCCUCCGGCUGCGGUAGGUAGCCCGCAGUACCUUUCUUACGCCGACAUGGUAGACGCUGGAUCCCGUCCGCGCCUGCGUGUCAUGAAUCUUACGCUAUCUACAGCCAAGGACACGAACUUCCGCGCAAAGCUCGCAGCUUCAGCAUCGCUGUGCUACCGGACUGAUAUUGAUAUUCCAGACGACGCCUCAGUUUCAUCAUCGUCGUCAUGGCCAGACUACCCGGAAUAUCACGUCGAUAGAAAAGAUGAUGUUUCUGAUGGUAUAUCAGAAGCAUUCCGAGCAGCUCGGCGUUUCUUCCUGGAUGAAUGGUCGGUCGAAGAGGCUGGUCCGGCGAAAUCUCGUUUUUCGCUUUGCUCGUCCGAGGAUGGUGAGCUUGGGGAUUGUGGGAAUGAGCGGGAAUGUGUUGUCGAUGGCGGAUCAGAUGAUGCAACAGAAGCAGUACCGGCUGUUCGACGGUUCUCCCUAGAUGAGGGGUCGUUUGAAGAGGCAGGGCCAGCUGGUUCCCGUUCUCCCUCGUCCGCGAUCUCGAACGGUGGUACAGAAGACCUCGGGAUUGAGCGUUGGUGGGCUACCGAUCCGCGUCCCGUCGAUGAUAACAGCUCCGCAGACGCUGACGACGAAGGAGAUGAAGAAAACAAUUCGUCUUUUCCGUACUAUGUACGUCAGGGGCCACUGAGAGUCCGCAACGCGUCAGUAUCGACUUCAUCAGAAGGCUCUGUCCCAGCGAGCGCUCCGACCGACUGGUAUUACACACAAGACAGCGCUGGAACUUCAGAGGGUAACCUUGCUGAUGACGACAUGGCGUUCUACGAAGGACUCUACGAAGAACCAAGUCCAGACAACCACAGCGGAUCGAUCGAUCAAUCGCAAUUCGCAGAUUUCGACGGGGAUUUCACGGAAGCUCCUUCGCUUACCAACGACACCUCACCGGAGAACUCCUCCAGGAAUGAAUCGAGUAGCGGAAGGGUGUUGAGGGUCGUUAACCAGACCUCGCCUCAAGAUGGCGCCGGGACCGAGAACGAUGACUGCCCGAGUGAGAGCGAAUCCGAUGACGAAUCUCCACAACGGGGUCGGAGUAGAACUAGGAGGGCACAGUAA